CCGCGCAGGCGCGCGCCGCUCUGCUGGGCACGGCUUGGCACGGGCGUCUUUCCCUCGCUCUGUCUGAGCGUCCGGGCUUCUCCAGUCGUAGAGGCGCUCAGCUGCAACAUGUUCCUCCACUCAGUCAACCUCUGGAACCUGGCAUUCUAUGUCUUCAUGGUGCUUCUGGCAACCCUGGGGCUGUGGGAUGUCUUCUUCGGCUUCGAGGAGAACAAGUGCAGCAUGAGCUACAUGUUUGAGUACCCCGAGUACCAGAAAAUAGAACUUCCAAAGAAACUGACAAAACGCUAUCCAGCCUAUGAGCUGUAUCUUUAUGGAGAAGGGUCGUACGCUGAAGAACACAAAAUUCUCCCUCUGACAGGAAUUCCCGUUCUCUUCCUUCCUGGUAAUGCUGGAAGUUACAAACAAGUCCGUUCUAUUGGCUCCAUUGCACUUAGGAAAGCAGAAGACAUUGACUUCAAGUACCACUUUGACUUCUUCAGUGUGAACUUCAAUGAGGAGCUGGUGGCACUGUAUGGUGGGAGUCUUCAGAAGCAGACCAAGUUUGUGCAUGAAUGCAUUAAAGCGAUUCUCAAACUCUACAAGGGUCAAGAAUUUGCUCCCACAAGUGUGGCAAUAAUUGGUCAUUCUAUGGGUGGCCUUGUUGCCAGAGCAUUGCUUACACUGAAAAAUUUUAAACAAGAUUUGAUAAAUCUUCUUGUUACACAAGCCACUCCUCAUGUGGCACCUGUGAUGCCGUUAGAUCGUUUCAUUACGGAGUUUUAUAUGACUGUGAACAACUAUUGGAUUUUAAAUGCUCAGCACAUAAAUUUGACUACACUUUCUGUAGCUGGAGGAUUCCGGGAUUACCAAGUUCGUUCAGGACUGACUUUUCUACCAAAAUUAAGCCAUCAUACCAGUGCCUUAUCUGUUGUGAGCUCAGCAGUGCCUAAGACCUGGGUCUCAACAGACCACCUCUCCAUCGUGUGGUGUAAACAAUUGCAGUUGACUACAAUCCGAGCAUUCUUCGAUCUUAUUGAUGCCGAUACCAAACAAAUAACCCAAAAACCUAAGAAGAAAUUGUCUGUGUUGACUCACCAUUUUUUAAGACACCCAGCUAAACAGUUUGAGGAAAACCCAUCAAUAAUUUCUGAUCUAACAGGAACGUCAAUGUGGGUUCCAGUGAAAGUGUCCAGAUGGACCUAUGUGGCUUAUAAUGAAUCUGAUAAGAUUUACUUUACAUUUCCUCUUGCAAAUCAUAGGAAAAUCUACACUCAUGCUUAUUGUCAGAGCACCAUGCUGGAUACAAAUAGUUGGAUUUUUGGCUGCAUAAACAGCACAUCCAUGUGCCGGCAAGGGGUUGAUUUAUCAUGGAAAUCUGAACUGCUGCCAACAAUUAAGUCUCUGACAUUAAGGCUUCAGGACUAUCCAUCCUUGUCACAUAUUGUGGUCUAUGUACCAUCUGUCCAUGGAAGUAAGUUUGUCGUAGACUGUGAAUUCUUUAAAAAAGAAACAAGAUCCAUACCGCUUCCUGUGACUCAUCUUUUUUCCUUUGGAUUGUCUUCAAGGAAGGCAGUAUUAAAUGCAAACGGCCUGUACUACAAUAUAGAACUUCUGAACUUUGGACAGAUAUACCAAGGUUUUAAAGUCAACGUGGUAAGCAAGUGCUCUGCAAGCAAAGAAGAAAUAACUAGUAUCUACAAACUUCAUAUUCCCUGGUCUUAUGAAGAUUCUUUAACCAUUGCACAGGUUCCAUCUUCUACAGAAAUUUCUCUGAAACUUCAUGUUGCUCAGCCAGAAAAUGACACCAAUGUGGCAUUGUUAAAAAUGUACACAUCGUCAGACUGUCAGUAUGAGGUGACAAUUAAGACUUCCUUUCCACAAAUACUUGGACAGGUCGUUAGAUUCCAUGGUGGAGCUCUUCCUGCCUACGUUGUAUCUAGCAUCCUUCUUGCUUAUGGAGGGCAGUUAUUUUCUCUCUUCUCAACAGGUUACUGCUUAGAAUAUUCAAUUAUGUUGGAUAAAGAAGCCAAACCAUACAAAGUUGAUCCAUUUGUAAUUAUGAUUAAGUUUUUGUUGGGGUAUAAAUGGUUUAAGGAAUUAUGGGAUGCAGUAUUAUUACCGGAAUUAGAUGCCAUUGUUCUAACUAGCCAGAGUAUGUGCUUCCCCCUUGUAUCCUUGAUCCUCUUCCUGUUUGGAACAUGCACUGCAUACUGGAGCGGCCUGCUCUCUUCUACAUGUGUGCAGCUCCUUUCUUCACUGUGGCUAGCUCUGAAAAGACCUGCCGAACUUCCUAAAGAUAUCAAGGUGAUAUCACCAGACUUGCCUGUUUUGAUAGUUGUCUUUCUCAUCGUGAGCUGGACAACUUGUGGAGCACUUGCCAUACUUCUGUCUUAUCUGUACUAUGUGUUUAAGGUUGUCCAUCUGCAAGCCAGCCUAAUGACUUUUAAAAACAGCCAGCCAGUGAAUCCCAAACACUCUAGAAGAAGUGAAAAAAAGUCCAACCACCAUAAAGACUCUUCAGUACAAAGUCUUCGCCUGUCUGCUAACGACGCUGAGGACAGUCUGCGCAUGCACGGCACAAUGAUCAACCUACUGGCUUGGGUGGUGCUGCUCAACAUGCCGUCCCUAAUCUACUGGCUAAAGAACCUUAGGUAUUAUUUCAAGCUUAAUCCUGACCCAUGUAAACCCCUGGCAUUUCUCCUUAUUCCAGCUAUGGCAAUUCUUGGAAAUACUCACACGGUUUCAGUAAAGUCAAGUAAAUUACUGAAGACCGCCUCACAGUUUCCAGUUCCUCUGGCUGUUGGUGUGAUUGCUUUUGGCUCCUCCCACUUAUACAGGGUUCCAUGUUUUGUCAUCAUUCCUCUUUUAUUCCAUGCGUUAUGCAACUUCAUGUAAGACUGGACUUAAAGAAUGAUGCAAACGAUCUAUGCCUUUAGGACCAGUGACACAGUGAAUGCAGCUCCACCAACUGGAACAGAGGUCCUGAGGAGAAGACAAGUCUAUUUUUACAGUGUUGGAAAUAGGAAAUUAGUUUUGUAAUGCUUGAGGAAAGUAGUUGAAGCAUGGUUUCAUUUUGUGAUGUAGCAUCUGUGUACUCAUCAUACCUGAGAAAUUAGUGAAGGGGACUCCUGUUCAUACCGACUAGCUCCAUCAGGCCUGCCAGGACUCUUCUGCAGACUCGGUAGAUGCAGCGGUGUUUGUAAUGUCAUGUGAAACCUCCGCUGCUUUCAUCAGACUUUCUUUUGAAAACUUGGUUUCGUAUUUGCUGUAAGUUACAUAUUCAACAUAAGUCUUAAAAGUCACAGCUGUUUCUCAGAAGUGCAAUAGUCAUGAAAGAGUCUGGACAGUUUUUGGCAGCCAUGGUCAACAAAGCUUGAUCUGCCUUCUUACGUCUAUGAACAAGAGCCUCAAAUUGAAGGGAGAGUUUGUGUUAACUAUUGCAGUUCAGACUUAAAACAAUGACAUUUUCUUGAGCCUUCAAAUGCAAACCUUACUGUGCAUUCUUGAUGAAUAUUCAGAGCAUGAAAGAGAUCUACCAAGAGAUCUGUUAUCAAAAGACCGUUCUUGUGGGCACUGCAUUGGCACAGUCAGUCUCUGCAUCUGAUUAAAUCAGUGCUCCCAUGGUUGCCAAAAGGGCCUCUGGUGAUGAUAGAUUAUUAAAAUAACUAAAUUCCAGAGGUGGAAACAGCUCUGGAUUUACACCAUUUUUGUCUACUGGGAAGGAGGGGUGUCAACACAAAUACAGUAUUGCACUUGGUGUACCAAGCUAUGCUACUAAGAAAGGAACAGUAGGCAACAUUACUCCAUUGGCACUCAGAGCGUGAGCACUGCCUGGGUAGGCGGCAGACUCCAUCACUCAGUUAACAAUGGAAUCUCCAUUGGCAGGGUUCACUCCUUAGGACUACUGUUUGGCCAGUGAGAGUAAUGUGUUAUUUCAUUUCUAAUUCGAGUUCAUUCUUAGGUACAGAGAAACAAAAAGACUGGGAGCUUGAAGAAUAUGGUUGCUCUUUGCCUUCAGUUAGAAUAAACCCAGGCUGAGAAAAACCUGGUUUGCGGAGCCCUCCACCUAGGUGUGUGUUCUGUAAAUGCCCAAAGCCUCCUCAGUGACACCCUUACCUGUCCGUGAACUCACAGCUGCAUUAGUGAACUUGUGUACUUCUUAGUGGCAGAAAUGGCACUUAGGGGAUCAGUUUCAUUGUCUCUGCUGUCGCACUUGGUACCACAGCCCCUCAGCUACUACUGCCAACUGGAGGGCUUCUCCCUCUUCUGUCUUUAAAAGAUCGCCCUACUCCCCCCACACCCCCCGGGGGGUUCUUCCUUGGAUCUUUUCUGUUUCAGCAUUAGUCAAAGGGUCAUGUUAUUACCGCAGAGACUAAUCUGUGUGACUCCGUUGCUGUCUUGACUGGCAGCAUGCUUGUUAGGGAUUCAUACCUUCACUUACUAAGACUUUUGAAGGAAAGCCGUUACAUGUGACAUGGCGGACGUUUUACUCUCUUGUUUCUGAAUCCUAUCAAAGGAGUAAACUACACCAUAGUGUUUAUUCAGUAUCUGAGAGUGAGUUCAUUAGAUAAUACAAUUUUCUCAUGGCAUACCUCUUCUCUAACUAAAUGGGGACAUCUCUGCUUAAAUUUUGCCAGGCAUGCACAGCCUCUAUACACAUGUCAUCUUUCAUUCUGUCAGUGAUACUUCAGAUGUAUCUCUCUCAACUUAAUGGUAACUGAAUACUUUCUGAACUUGAACAUACAUCUACAAAGAACUUUACAAACAUUUGGAGUUAGACCUUUUAUAGCCAUGGUUAUUUAUGAGAUCUAAAGUCACCCUGAUUAGUCAAUACUACUCAUGAGGAAGAUGUAGCAAGUUUGAUUUCUUAAUCGUGAGUAGUCCAUAUGUUAUUAAAGCACAUUAAUUCUUACUAAAGUUUUUUUGUCUGAAAGUACUUAUUCCUGAGCCCUAAAGUCUUAUUUAUGUAACCAAAAUAUUUCAAAUAAUAGUGGUCUGGAUCUUUGGCCAUUUGCCACUCACACUCACAGAUACACACUCACACAUAAACACACAUGGGCAUGCUUUGACAGAAUCUCCAUUGAGUAUUUAGACCCAAGUAGUUAGGUAGACUUUCUGAUCAUGAAAAUUGCUAUCCUUUAAGAAAAGAAAAUUCCUUUAUCUCAAUAUCACUUUCUUUUAUCUAUCAUGCAUAUUAUUAUCAUAGUUCUCUUACCAGUUUUACCCAAAUUGGCAGUUAAAUUAGAGAUUAAUACAUCAAAUUUUGAAUUCUAUUCUAAGAAAUUGAGUUUUUGAGUAAAUGUUGUGCUUAUUAAACAACUGAAUUCUUGAUAGUAAAUAGAUUGGGUAUAUGUUAGAGAGUUAAGAACACUGAGUGCUAAGCAUUUCUGAAACACCCUUAUGGAAUUAUUGCUGUUGUAAUUUAGACCUGAUAUUUUUAAAGACUCGUGUGUGUGUGUGUGUGUGUGUGUGUGUGUGUGCGCGUACAAGUGUGUGGUAGAGGGCAGUAGAGCCCCUGGAGCUGGAGUCAGGUGGUUGUGAGAUGCUGGACAUGGAUGCCAGGAACCAAACUCAAAUCCUCCAGAGCAGCAGUACUCUUGAUUGAGCUAUCCCUCCAGCUCCUGGACCUGAUAAUGUGAGAGAAAUUUCUAUUGCAUGAGCACCCCAGGGAUUGAAUCCAGAGCCUGCGUUUGCUAAUUAUGUUCUCAACCACUGAGUUAUACACGGCUUGUGUGGGUUAAGUUCAUGCCAAAAUUAAAUAAAUUCUACUCUUUUUCUUGGCUACCACUGUAAUGAAAACUUUUAGAACUGUGGGUCUAAAGAAACCAUUUGUGCUUAACCCUGAUUUUCAGGGCUGCCUAAUAUGUAUUAAUCAUGUAUUGACUGGUCUUUUACUUCUUUUUGUAUUUUAGUUAUAUGACUUCAGCUAUCUAUAAAGGAAUGCUUUUUGAAGUUUUGGAUUUUUUUUUUGAGACAAGGUUUCUUUGGUAGCCUUGGAUGUCCUAGAACUAGCUUUUUAGACCAGGCUAGCCUUGAACUCACAGAAAUCUACCUGCCUCUGCCUCCAAUGUACAGUGAAGAAAAAGUGAAGAAAGGGAAAUAACUCCAGGAGGUAGGCCUGCUGAAUAUUGGCUAUUUAUUACAUUGUCAUGCAUGUCCACAUGACACAUUUUCAUAACGCUCACAAAUUUGUACAAAACAGAUUGUCUUAUUUACUAUCAAGUCCAAAUACUUCUUUAAAACCCUACUUAGACUUUUUGCUUACAGCAUGAUGUACAGCAUGCACCUCCUAAUACCUCUUAUGGAAAAUGAUUUAGUGAAAUAAGGAGAAGUAGAACUACUUGGUAGUUCUUGAAAGCUGCAGGAGGAAUAUGGUGGUUCAGAUGGUAACUUGCCUGCCAUGUAAACACCAGGACCCAAGUGCAAAUCCCCAGAAUCCACAUGAGAAACCGGCUGAACAGUGUGUGCCUGUAAUCUCAGCUCUGUGUGGUGGAAACAGGUAGAUCUUGGGGGCCUGCUGGCCAGCCAGUCUAGCCAAAUGGGCAAGUUAUAGGUUCAGUGAAAGACCUUGUCUCAAAAGCUGAGGUAGAGAGUAAUUGAGGGAGAUUUCCAGCAUUGACCUCUCCCUGCACUUGCAUGUGUACCCACACACAGGGUCAUGUACACAGACAUGUACACACAUGAAAACACAAAACGUAUUUAAGAGGCAGGGACCCACAAAUACCAUGCGGUGACCUAGGGUUGUUGUUUCCAGAAUCAUAGGAUAAAUCAGAUGGCCUGUAUCUAUCUCCUCAGACAUCAGGUCUGAAUUAAUAUAUCCACCUUGUGUUCUUUGGUUAGAUGCAAAAAUCACAGAAUGUUUCAUUUGAAAACUUAUGAAGUGGUUUUUAAAAAAUCAUUUAGAAAAGAUCCAAAAGUAUAUUAAGGUUUUGGACAGCUAGGUUUUUGUUGAUUGCUUUUUUUUUAAUCUGUGUGGACAAUUUGUGAAUUUGUAUAUAUCACAGGAAAUAGGAGACAUUGUGAUGUUUAUUGAGGAGUAUGACACUUGCAGUAAUAAAGGGAGCAAUGGAAGUUCCCGUGUUUGCAAUAUUAGUUCCUGCCAGGAAAGCUUCCAUACCAGAGGAAGUAAAUCUAGGACUAACUCUACUAACUGCAAGAUAGAGAACCGGCAUUUUAUUGCAGUCUUUUUGAACAAGAAAUGUUUGUAACUCUGUGAUUAUCUUCUUUUUCAAUAUGAAUGAGGAAAUAAGAAAGUCCUGGGGGACCUCAUGUUCCCAACUUUCCAUAGGAUUAUGGGUAAUGGGAUUCAGAUCAGCAGUUCAAAGAUGUACUAUAAAUGCACAAACUUCUUCAUUUUAAAACCUAUUGUGAAUAAAUAAAAACGGAAUUUUACGUGGUAGUGACUUCAUUUUGAGAAGAGAAUAAAAUUUGGAAUUGGUGAAAACAGGCAUGCUGUUACUCUACUAAUACUGUAACUGUAGCAGUGCAGCUGGCUGGUGAUGCAACCUCCAAGCUACAGCUUGAUUAAACUCUCUGUGAAUGAUAAUUAAAAAUCAAGAACAGUUUUCCUUAAGUGUUUGGCAUGUUAUGCUACCAAAAAACCAUCUGGAAUACUAAGAAACCAGUUAAUUGCUGAUGGCUUCAUAUAAAAUUGGUGUCUUGAGUCAGAAUCAGCCUGUUUCCAUUAUGUAUAUUAUCACUUUGAACAUCAAUGAAAAACUAUAUCUGUUGCUGUUAGAUUAGUGUAAAGUUUGUGUAUCUGAAUUCUAAUCUUAGUCCAGGAAUCCUACAGGGAGCUGUUUUGUAAAGUUCAUAUGCUCUUUCAAAUGUUAUUUUGAUGUGUAGUAUUUGUAAGGUAGUGAUGUUGCUAUGACAAAAGUUUAUAGACACUGGGUAGCACUAACUACUCCAGAGCCUUACGGCCCGUGUAUUUGGUAUUUCAUGUGCAUCUGUUCUGUUUCAUAUUGGACUUUUUACAUCCCCUCUUUUUGGGAGAAUAAAGAUACAUUUGAAUCCUUUUUAGCAUAAUCUGCAUUGGAAACUAUAAGUAUUCGCAUGGGUAAGAAAACAUACUUUGCCACCAAAGCUAAAUGAAACUGUAAAAUACCUCUGGAUAUUUGUGCCAAGGAGCUUUUCUUAGUAUAUUUGGGUUAAAACAAUAGUAUUCGUUUCAGUAUUUUUCAUCUAGACUUACAAUAAAUGUGUAUAUUGUGAAAACAUAUUCUUUAUUUUAUUUUUCUUUGAAAAUGUUCAAAGCUUUAGAAUAGUGUGUGCUAUUCUGUCUGGUUUCCUGACAUUGCUGGGUAAAACAUUAAUUGGCUCAGUAACAAUCUUUCAGCUUUGGUCUUAUUUUGCGAUGUGAAAAACUAAUUGCUUUGUACUGUGCGUUUUUGGUAUAGGCGUCUCAUUUAUAUACCUGAAAGCUUGCCCUAUGAGGUUUCUUUUGUUUUCUGAAUGUUUCUGUUAGUCCCAAGGGUUUAUCCCCUAGAACCUAACAUAGUACAAUGAAGCAAACCUCUUAACAUGUACAUCUUGUCCCAAACACUAUCAAGUACAGUUGUUAAUGAAAAACAGAAGCGUUACUACAGCAUUAGACAAAAUCAGAAACAUAAUAGGACCAGAAGCCACUGGGAUUUGCAUGAACUCUAGUUCCUCCUCAUAGGAAUGUCAUGGAAAUCCUGGUGUUUCGUUUCAGUUUUCCUUACCAUUUUUUUUUUACUGCUUCUUUGCCCAGUACAGUAAUGUAGUUGGUACACUUUCAUAAGUUAGCCUCGAAGGAAAAGAAAGAGUGCAGAAAGCCAGGUACUGAAAUAUUUGGUCUUGAUCGAGUAAUGGUUACCUAACUGUUGGGGACUGUGGAUAGAUUAGUAAUUGGGUGGUUUAUGAGAGCUGGCUUCAGGAUGCUGUGUCCUCUGGAAGGAGUUUAUCCUCUGUGCUCAGUGGCCUUAGCCUAAGUAGGAGAUGCCUGUCCUUAGCAUAAGCAGGCUCUGUGCAUGGAGAAAUUAAGUGGUUGUCAGGGUUCUCAUGCAAAUAUCCUCUCCCUUCCCUUCCCCCUCCACAAUGUGGAGUUGAAGAGAAAUCUUAAUUUUUAUUGUGUAUAAAUUAGGAAGUUGUGUUACAUACUUGUAUUUUUUAAAAAUAGGAACUGGUGUGUAUCAUUUUGAAGUGAUACUGUGGUUUCUCAAACUUGGGACUAAUUGUAAAUGUAGUAACAUGCCCAAGAUAAAACAGACCAAAACUGAAUAUGUAUCAUCACUGUGACCUUGAACUUAUUUGGGGUAGAACAGACUGUGCCUUAAAAUGACAAGCAAUGCCCUGCAAUUUUGUCACUGUAUUUUACUAUGGGUGGCCUUCUCAAAUUCAUCCAAAAUCCUUUCAUUGAGUUGUCGAAAUGGCGGUUUUAAGUACAAAUUGCUCUAUACUUCCUUAAUAUUCACACAGCUGUUGUUCUCAAGGCCUCCCUCAAUUUCCAGAGCUUUUCGUUGUUUGAUUGUUUUAUUUAAAAUUGAUUUGAUCUUAAUAUAUCUGGGAAAUUAGGUUUGGCUAAAGUUUUGGGGGAAUAUUUUAAAGAAUAGUCACGGCACUUCUGUUUCUAAACUUAUUGAAUAUGGAAAAAUUAAUAAUCAGAAUGUAUUUUGUCUUAUUGAUAAUAGCCUUGUCAAAGCUGUGAGUUCCUUCUGAGACUUGUGGUCAGUGUUGUGGCACAUUGAGACUUAUAUUUAUAUUCUCAAAUAAGCGUUAUUAACCAACCCAGUGAUGAGUUCCAGUGGUUAAACUCAGAUCAAUGUAGUUUUUUUAAACAUCACUGUUUCCCCCUCUUUUUUUUCUUGCCUAGUUGUUUUUAUGGUGUCAAGGGAGAAUCAGCUCCUCUGUUUUUAAUUUAGUGUAAAGUCUUGAAUUUUUACUGUGCUUAUUUAAAAUAAUGAGUAUGAGUUCCACUCAAGCCCAAAUCACUCGAUUUAUAAUAUAAUCAUGUUCUUUCCCAAAGCUGCCCACAUUCCUGUGUGCUCAGUUCGCUGUUUAUUUUUACAUGUUGCUUUUGGACAUAAGCUCAAUGUAUUUCUUUUGUCCUAUUUCACCUCCACUACUCCUAUGAAAAAUUUAUGUUUGGAUAAGAAUCUCUUGAAAAUAUGUAGAAAUAACAAUACAUCUUUCCUCAAAGCCUGGUAAAACUGACUAUGAGGUUGUUUAGACAAGGGUGCAUGGUCAAGUGGUUCUCAGCUGACGUCAGCUUUCACCUCACAGUUACACGUGUAGAGCACAAACUACUCGUGGCUGCUGAGGGGGACUCGAUAAAGUUAUCAUUUAUUUUCACACUAAUUUCAUUCUCAUCCAUAAAGUCCACUGUACAGUAACAAUACUUAGUGCAAGGAGCGUGUCUUAAAGUGUGUACUGAAAACCAUGACUACAGUGCAAAUCUUCCCUCAGAACAUGCAUGCUCUUCUCAAGUGCAUUGUGCAGUGUGUAGUGCACUAAAUACACGUGCGUGUAAUUUUCUGUGUAUUUUUGGUAUGGUAUAAUUAACACUGUUCCAAUUGAACUGGUUGUGAUUUGGGGCAAUGUGCUGCUUAUUGUAGUUUGUACAGUGUUGUAAGUGUUUUUACCUGUGUUUAAACAUGAUGAUGUAGUUUUAUUAGGUGAGUAUUUGCCUUCCAUCUCCGCUCAGGUAUUAACGCAUAGCAAUUUUUGGUGCUUUGUUUUUAGUUUGUCAUAAUCUGGUGUUCUGAAUGUCCAAAAAUAAAUUUGGUGAAUAAGCA